CCGAUGACGAUGAGGAAUUGAGAUUCUAAGGGACGAAAAUCGAAGAGCCGUUUUUGUGGCUCUGGCUCUCGCCGUGACGGAGGUGGCGACGGCGACGGCCAGACGGCAGCGGCGGUCGAUAACGGUGACGACGGAGGAGACGACCUACUGUUGUGGAAUAACAGAGGCUUUUAAAAAAUUCUUCUAGCUUUUUAUCUUUUAGCCUUUUUCUCUCUCUUGUCUCUCCCUCUUCCUUCAAAAGCCGUUUGCAACUUCCUAGACAUUGCUGCCUUUUCGAUUUAAAAGGGAGAUUCAAGGUGGAGGGAAAAACGCUAAUCGCUAUAUUUUCUCUAAUUCGAUCCAUCAAAAUCCUCCGAGUUUUGCAGAAUCACUCGGAGUAUUUAUUUCUCUCCGCUGCUGUUCUCAUUUUUUGCGUGAAUUGAAACUGCUGUCACGAUGCCUCUGAGAGGCAUUAUUCGUGAGAUGAGUGAAAUACGAGAAGGCAGUGGGAAUUCAUCGAGGAAAGUUAGGGAGGGAGUUCAAAUGCGUCAUCUCGGAAAGUCGCAUAUUGUACCGGAACAGCCUUCUUCAUCUUCUCCGGUUCCGAUUGAACAGAGCCGUUGGGCGAAUUUGCCUCCGGAGCUUCUUUUGGAUAUAAUUCAACGAGUGGAAGCGAGUGAAACCUCUUGGCCUUCUCGCCGGGAUGUUGUUACUUGUGCUUCAGUUUGCAGGUCAUGGCGGAUAGUUACAAAGGAAGUCGUUAGGACUCCCGAACAGUGUGGGUGGAUCACUUUCCCAAUUUCUCUGAAGCAGCCGGGACCAAGGGACACUCCGAUCCAAUGCUUCAUUAAGAGAGAAAGGGCAACUUCAACGUUUCGACUCUAUCUCGGGCUAAGCCCUGCCCUGUCGGGUAAUCUUAGUAAAUUGUUGCUAACUGCGAAAAGAAUCCGACGAGCAAUGAGUACAGAUUUCAUUGUAUCAUUAGUUCCAGACGACUUCUCUCGAGCAAGCAACCAUUACAUAGGAAAGUUGAGGUCAAAUUUUCUGGGGACCAAAUUUUCAAUUUAUGACAGUCAGCCUCCUCAUGACCCAAAAUUGCGAACCAGUAGAUCGAAAAGAAGAAUCCAUUUGAAACAGGUCUCUCCAAGUAAAACUCCAACGAACUAUAAAGUCGCUGCCGUAGCUUACGAGCUCAACGUCCUCCGCACCAGAGGUCCAAGAAGAAUGAGGUGCACCAUGCAUUCAAUACCUGUUGCAGCAGUGGAGGAGGGUGGCACUGCCCCAACUCCAACAGAGUUUAAAGACUGUAUCAACGAGCAUCAUCCAUCAACACCAAUUUGCAAAGGAAAGAAGCCGAUAACCGAGUCCCCAACCGAGUCCCCUGACCCUCAAGAAUCGAUAGCUCCAUUAGUAUUGAAGAACAAAGCUCCGAGAUGGCAUGAGCAGCUUCAGUGUUGGUGCUUAAACUUCAAAGGGCGUGUCACGGUCGCCUCAGUGAAGAACUUUCAGCUGGUUGCCGCAGCGGAGACAAGUCAAAAUGUAUCCGCAGCUGAACAAGAGAGAGUAAUUUUGCAGUUUGGUAAGAUUGGGAAGGAUAUUUUCACGAUGGAUUAUCGCUAUCCUCUUUCAGCUUUCCAAGCCUUUGCAAUUUGUCUUAGUAGCUUUGAUACCAAGCCAGCUUGUGAAUGAAACUCCAUUACUAAACUUGCUCCAAAAUUUUCCAACUGUAUAUAUUAUUUUGGAAAGAAGCUUCGUUUAGACACUAUAUUCAAUAAUUAUGCAACAAUUUGUGACGUUGGUGGGCAGUAAAUUAUGAAAAUGAGCACAUGCUCCCAAAUCUUUAUUAUCCAA